AUGAAAACAAUAAUUGUCUUAGUAGCCGCAAUUGCAAUUGCACAAGCUCGUCCAGCAUCUGAUGAACCAGUUGCAAUUUUAAAAGCUGAAUCAGAUUUUGAACCAGAAGGUUCAUAUACAUUCAUGUUUGAAGGUGCUGAUGGUUCAUUCCGUGAAGAAAAAGGUACUAUUAUGAAUGCUGGUAAAGAAGAUGCUUAUGUAGCUGUCAGUGGUACAUAUAAAUAUAUUGAUGCUGAUGGACAACCAAUUGAAGUACAUUAUACAUCUGAUGAAAAAGGUUUCGUACCAUCAGGUACAAAUAUUCCAGCUUCAAUUGAAAAAGCUGCACGUGCUGCCGGUGAAGCCCAUUGA